AUGAGUCAACCAGUAAUCAUACAGAUAGAAAACAUUUACUAUCCCAUCCUUGCAAUCGUUGGUGUUCCUGCUAACUUGGUGACAAUCCUCAUUCUCUUACGUGGAAGGUGCGGUCUCACAAAAUGUAUCACCCAUUACCUGCUGGCUAUGGCAAUUGCUGAUUUAAUGGUCCUGAUAUUCGAAGUGAUUCUGUAUGAAAUUAAUGAUGCUUACUUUUCACAUUCGUUCCUUAACUACACUCCAAUUUGUAGUCUCAAUCUCGUCCUGUUGUUUGUUUCAAUUGAUUUAUCUGUAUGGUUCACUGUAGCUUUCAGCUUUGAUCGAUUCAUUGCCAUUUGUCAUCAAACAUUACGAAUGAAAUAUUGCACCAAGAAAUGUUGUAAUGUGGUAUUAGCAGUGAUCUGUUUAUUUGGCAUCUUGCAAAAUAUUCCAACUUAUUUUAUUUAUGAACCUCGGGAAAUAAUUGACAACAUACCAUGGUCAUGUUAUACGAAACCAAGCUUCUACACCUUAACUAUGUUUAUAGUACAUUUUUGGCUUGAUACUAUAUUAACACCAUUUUUACCAUUUAUUUUGAUCCUGCUGUUUAAUGCCUUGACCAUCAGACAUAUUUUAGUUGCCAAUCGAAUAAGGAUUGGACUACGAAGUAACAAGUGCUCUGAAAAUCAUUCUGAUCCAGAGAUAAAGGUCAGAAGGAAAUCCAUUAUUUUAUUAUUAGUUAUAUCAGGCACUUUCAUACUUUUGUGGAUGGUGAAUUUCAUCUUUUUCAUAAGUGUCCAUUUCAUAAACGCUCAAUUUUUAGAAGCUAGUUACGAUGAUCCUGCCACCAUUGCAGAACAAUCUGGAUAUAUGCUCAGAUGUUUGAGUUCUUGUACAAACACUUUUAUUUAUGCAGCUUCCCAGAGACAAUUUAGAGAUGAGCUAAUGCAUGUUGGUGAGAGAGUAAACUACUUGAAGCAAUUUGGUUUCUUCAUGCGUGAGUCAGCCUUCCACCCUCAAUAUAUUAAAGAAGCUAUCCCCUAUGGACAUGCCCAGCACAUACACAGGACCUGCUCAGAUGAGGAGAAACGUGACAGACACUUAAAGGUUUUGAAAGGCUCCCUCAUAAGAAUGGGAUACGAUGUUCAACCCAUGGAUUAUCAGUUCCGACAUGCCACAAUGAAAAGCCACAACGAUCUCCUUAGAAGACAGACACAGGAUAUGACUGAUAGAGUACCCUUUGUCACUCAGUAUUUCCCUGGAGCAGAGAAACUAUGCCAUGUUCUUCAUAGCCUUCAACACGUCAUCGACAAUGAUGAGAAUCUCGCCAAGAUCUUUGCUGUGCCUGAACUUCUCGAAUUCAAAUAA